UUGCCCUUAGACAAAGAAAAGUUGCACGCACGAAAGAAGCUUAAAGAAAAAGGGAAAGACAAAAGAAGAAACAAUUAUAUUCAAUGUAUAUAUGUCCACCUUCCACGGCGCUAGCUCUUUCCUGGAGAGCGGUAUAAGUAAGAGGGUGAUCAGGAACGAAGAAAUGUUUGGGCACCGUAAGUAGACUCAAGCAUAUAUGGCUAGAAAUGGGUUGGAGCUGAACCAGGGCAGCAACAGCACAAGCAAGAGCUCAAGCCAGUCUCCGGGGGCACGCUGCCCGGCUCCAUUUUUAUCCAAGACUUAUGAUUUGCUAGAAGAAGGAGCUUCAGUACUACUUGAAGAUGGAGAUGGAGAUGGAGAUGAUGGUGGCAAGAGAAUUGUGUCCUGGAAUGCUGAGGGAACUGGGUUUGUUGUAUGGUCUCCUGCCGAGUUCUCGGAGCUCCUCUUGCCUAAAUAUUUCAAGCACAACAACUUCUCUAGCUUCAUUCGCCAGCUGAAUACCUAUGGAUUCAAGAAAACAUCGUCGAAAAUAUGGGAAUUCAAGCACGAGAAGUUCCAGAAGGGGUAUAGGGAUAUGCUUGCGGAGAUCAGGCGGAAGAAGUGCGAGCCGAGUGUGUUUCCGGCAUACCUGAAGGCAUCUGAAGAGAGCAGCGUGAGUGGCAUGGAGGAGAGUAAUCGCCUGAUGCUCCAAAUGGAGAACAAGAAUCUAAGGAGAGAGAAGGUGGAAUUGGAGAUGCAAAUAGCGAAGUUCAAGGCACUAGAGAUGAAGUUGUUAGAUUGCCUUACUCAGUACAUGGGAGAGGGAGAUCAUGACCACAACAAAGUUAGGACUAAUUAUAAUUAGGAGACUAUGCUAAUUAUGCAUGCGCAGCUUCUGAAAAUCAAAUAUUAAUUUUGUAUUAGUUGGAGCCCUGGUCGUGAAAAUUAUUUUUCACUCUCUUCUCUGUUAGAAAAUGAAAAUGCAGUCAGAGUAUCAAAUAUAAUCUAGCCCAUCUUUCUCUUUAAAAUUACAAAAUUAGCCUAACUAAAAAUAUAUAUAAAAAAAAAAAGGCUUGACAUGGGUCACGUUAUCACGUCACCCACGACCAAGCUGGGUCAGCCGUAUUCGUCAUUUUUUUUUUUAAAGCAUGGGUAUUUUUGUAUUUUAGCAUUAUUGGUUACGAUUUAACAGAAAAUCUGAAUAGAAGGGUGUUUUGAAUUCUA